GCUGAUAAAGUUCAGCAGAGGCCACUUUCAGAUCAUGUGAAAGGCGAGAGUGUCUGGUGCUCUAAGGCUCACAUCACUUCCAUUUCCCUUUCCAAGGGAAGGCCAAGGAAAAGGGAAAGUGAUGAACACAGCACACAAUGACUCCAAUCUGGCAGUAGGUGAUAAGGGAGAGAAAGAGAGAGCUCAGAGCUCUCCAGCUUCUAAUUGAUGGGCCAUUAGGAAACUGCUGUGAAUUGGCUCAGGCUGAGCUGUGUCAGUGACAAGAAGGGACAAGAGGAACAUGAGGAUAAUGGAGGUUUGAGGGGGUCGUGUGGAAUUAGGGAGCACUCACCAAGGAAUGCUUGUGAGGCUGUGCAGUCCCCAGCCAUCGGGUUCUCCAAAAGCCAUCUGCAUUUGGAGAUUAGCAGGGACCGCAGAGAGCUGAGGACACCUCGGGAGGGUGAGAAACCUCAGCGGGAGAGAAGCCCCGGAGCUCCCGAAUGCCCAUUCCUGGGUGUGCAGCAGAGCUGGCCGUUGCAGCUGCGGAGGAGAGGACUGCACUGCGAGCUGCGCGGGAACAGCCCCUUGCCAUCACUCAGGCCCCACGGGCACGGGAUGCUCACAAUGCCAAUGGCUGAGGGUGCCUCGGGGGCUGCUGCUGGAGGAGCCAGAAACGCACAAGGAGCAUUUGAGGCACGGCAAGGACAGCUCCUGGCUCUGCCUGCUCCCGCCGCCUCUCCCUUUGCUCCCGCCGAGAGUGGUUUCCGGCAGCUCCGUUCUCUCUCGGGGCUGGGACUCCGGCAGCUCUGUUCUCUCUCGGGGCUGGGACUCCGGCAGCUCUGUUCUCUCUCGGGCCUGGGACGUGCUUUCUGCCUCUGCCUCACUCAGCAAACACUUGGUCACUCAGCAGCUUGCUCUCGGCAUGCACCUGGCAUAUCUCAUCCUCACCGUCUUCCUGGGCCAGCUCCUGGGCUCCACGGGGCAGGACACGGUCACCCAGGAAGAUGGACCAGUCACGGUGAAGCAGGGACAGCCUUUCUACACCACCUGCAAAUACCACAGCAGUUAUUUUACUGCCUUGCUCUGGUACCAGCUGAGGAAAGGCCAAGCCCCACAGCUGAUCUCCUAUCAAGCAGGGACUGGCCCCAGGCCCAGUGGCCGAAUCACCACAUACCUGAACACCACGAGCAAAUCCAGUGUCCUGCGGCUGGAGGAAGUGGAGCUCUCUGACACUGCCUUGUACCUCUGUGCUGUGCAAGACACCCUGGUGCAGAGAGCUUCCUCAGCUGUGCAACAACCCAGGGCAGGGAGGGGAUGUGUCAGUGCAAGGCUGAGCUUGGGGAAGGACCCUGAUGGCACCCCAGUGCUCACCAGAAUUUGCAUCCACACGUGUGUACAAUGGUCUGAUGGUUUUGAUUACGUCCAUCCUGACACUCCCCUUGGGAAAGGAUUUUGGACUACUUUGACUCAUUUCCAUCCUAUUGUGCAGUCUGUAAGGAAAGAAAAAUAUCCCCUGUGCUUGCCUGGGACCUUGUCCAUCCACGCUCCAGCCCUGCUGCUUUUGGCCCCACGUGUCCUCAGCAGAGCCCAGGCCUGGUUGUGUGUUGCUGCCUGGGGUGCCCUUGGAGCAGCCCCGUUUGCAUGGACACACGUGAAGCACGGAUUUGUCUGUGGCUCCCCACUGGACAGCACGGCCCUGUGUGUGUCCCUGAUCGGGAGGGAAUGUCCUGACCAUGCCAGGGACAGCGAGCACUGUCCUGGCCCUGAACAGCAGAGAGCAGCAGCUGCCCAGGCUCACAAACAGCCUGAGAGCGGCUGAGCGGGGCCGGCAGCUGCCCGCUGCAGGUGUGUGCAGGGUGGAUCUGGUCCCCGCGCGGUGUCGCUGGUG